CCCAACUAACUUUGCCUCAGUUUACAGGCACGAAACAAAUCUGCCGGUCCACUCAGCUGCUCCGGCUUUCCCCUUUCGCCUUCUGCAACUGUAUAAUCCCAUCGGAGGCUUGCGUGCACCUUGGCUCGUCAGACCCAUGGAGAUCAAGAAGGACGCAUGGGGCCUGCUGCUCGUGCUCUUCCUCGGCCAGCUCGUGGCCUUCUCCAUGGCCGCCGGCAGCUUCGCCUCCUCCCUCGUCGCUAAUCUUGGAAUUGAUGCGCCACUCACACAAUCAUUCUUCGCAUAUCUCCUGUUGACCUUAGUUUAUGUGCCAAUCCUUUUGAGCCGACGACAGAAGCUACAAAUACCUUGGUAUUGGUACUUAGUGCUGUCCUUCGUCGAUGUGCAGGGGAACUAUCUGGUUAUCAAGGCAUACCAGUACUCAUCCAUCACCAGCAUAACGUUGUUGGAUUGUUGGACUAUUGUAUGGGUCAUUGUACUCACCUGGUACGCACUAGGCACAAGAUAUUCUUUCUGGCAAUUUCUGGGGGCCGGGACCUGCGUGGCAGGGCUAGGUCUUGUGCUCCUUUCAGAUGCAAAAUCUCCAGAUGAGCAACAUCCAAGUAAAAUGCCACUUCUAGGGGAUACCCUUGUUAUUGCUGGGACAGUUUGUUAUGCAUUUAGCAAUGUUGGGCAGGAAUACUGUGUCAAGAAGAAUGAUCGAGUAGAACUUGUUGCAAUGUUUGGACUAUUUGGGUUGCUUGUCAGUACAAUUCAGAUAUUUAUAUUCGAAAGGAAGAGCCUAGAAGCAGCUGCCUGGUCUCCAACAAUGAUAAGCUUGUUCGCACGAUUUGCCGUUGCACUAUUUGUGUUCUACACCAUUACUCCUUUAGUUCUUAAGAUGAGUGGAUCAACAUUGUUUAAUCUCUCACUCUUAACAUCUGACAUGUGGGCAGUCGCCAUUCGAGUAUUGUUCUAUCAAGAACAGAUAAACUGGAUGUACUAUCUAGCAUUCACAGUUGUGGCCAUUGGAUUGAUCAUCUACUCGCUAAAUGAAAGUUCUUCUGGCGAUGGAACAACUACAAGUACAGAAGCAACACCUCAAUAUCAACAACUUCCAAGUGAGGAUCACUCAACAGAAAGUUGUUCUAAUUUGGACAGCCAAGAAAGGAAGCAACAAGUUCACAUCUGUUAGGGGAGUCAGUGUACAAAGUUGGCUCCACCUUUUCAUUAUAGCAAUAAUCAAAUAUGCAGAAGAAAAUUUGCAAAGUAUAGAAUCUUGUGCGGUACGCAGAACUGUUAUUGGUUCAAAAGAAAGUGUUUUCGUAUUA